CUCUUGUAAGAGGGAAUUUUCACUCUUUUAAGAGGGAGAAAGGAAAAAAAAAAAGUAGCGCACAAAAUCAAAAAAAUCAGAUGGCAUCAGAAUUCAGAGUUCAAAUGUAAAAGCAGCUGCAUUCGCAGUUAGAAAAGAAAUCCAAAUCACCUCCUUAGCGAUCCGACAUUUUUCCCUUCACAAAACCCUAUUUGCUGCAGAAUUCCCAUGAUCUCACCUGAUUUGAGAAGGUAACGAUAGAAUAAUGAUAAAUAGUACCGUUGAUGAUAACGGCCACGCCCAAAUUCCUGAUCAGCAACAUCACUGCCUCUGUUGCCAAUUUCAUAUUCAAAAUCAGCACAAGCCCAUACCCAAGUGCCUACCAAAGCGCAUAAUUUUGGUUCGUCACGGCGAGAGCGAAGGGAAUAAAGACGACGCUAUGUACACCGUCACCCCCGAUUAUAGGAUCCCGCUAACUCCCAAGGGAAUUGAUCAAGCCAAUGAAGCUGGCUCUCGCAUUUUUGACAUGGUUUCUGAUAAUGGCUCCUCCGAUAACUGGAAGGUCUAUUUCUACGUCUCCCCAUAUGUCCGAACACGUUCCACGCUACGGGAGAUAGGCAGGGCUUUUACCAGACGGAGAGUGCUUGGCGUCAGGGAAGAAUGCCGAAUUAGAGAACAAGAUUUUGGUAAUUUUCAAGUGGCGGAGCGCAUGAAAGUCAUCAAGGAGACUCGGGAGAGAUUUGGCCGCUUCUUUUAUCGAUUUCCUGAGGGAGAAUCUGCAGCCGAUGUUUAUGACAGAGUUUCCAGUUUUCUUGAAUCUCUUUGGAGGGACAUUGAUAUGAACAGACUGCACCACGACCCUAAUGACGAUUUGAAUCUUGUGAUUAUAUCUCAUGGUCUAGCUAGUCGUGUCUUUCUGAUGAAGUGGUUCAAGUGGACAGUUGAGCAAUUUGAGUAUUUAAACAAUUUAGGAAAUUGUGAAUUUCGAGUUAUACAAUUAGGGCUUGGUGGCGAAUACAGCUUAGCAGUCCACCAUACUGAGGAAGAGAUGCUAGAAUGGGGACUAUCCCCUGAAAUGAUUUCAGACCAAAAAUGGCGAGCUCAUGCUAGCAGGAGUUCAUGGAAGGAGAAAUGUUCUUGGUACCUUGAUGCGUUUUUUGACCAUCUAGCUAAUUCAGAUGAGGAUGAUUAUGAUGAAGUGAAAUCAAACUUUUCCGACUAAUUUAGUGAUGUUUUUGGUACAUUUAUUCUGAUUACUUAUAUAGUUUAGAUGAGUAAUUAAUUUGGUUAUUGACAGUGGUAGUUGUAAGAUUCAUUUAACUUUCCUGCGGUAGUCCACCUCAUGGGGCUCAAAGCGUCUCUUUAAUUUUAUUGUAUUCAAUGUCAAUAAUAUCAUGGGUGGCUCAAAAGUAAGACCACUAAAGCCUCCAAAGUAUCAAGAAGUCCCAAAAAACUUUGCUAUUAUUAUACAACUAUUCAUUAGUAUGUUGUUUA